CAAAACAGGCGUUUCGUAUAUUAGGGGUCCUACGGGUAUCCGUAGAUUUUGUUAGGGAACAGGAAACAUGGCGGCCGAAUCGAACGAGGUUGGAAUCGACACGGGGUUGAAUCUCACUUCCAAAGAGGAGUCGCCUGGUUCUGACGCCAGCGUCCGGAACCUGCCCCGGAGGAGUCGCAGCAGAAGCAGCUCUGAGGAGAGACAGGGUGAUGGUGGCGCGGGCAAGCAGAGCGGAGAGGAAUCGGAUGGGCAGAAAAGCCCGGGUGAAGCAAGACCGGACGAUGAGGCCGACGCGGGGAGCAGCGGGGGGUCAUCCGGGGACUCAGACGACAGCAGCAGCGAGGACAGUGACGCGGGUGGUCCUCGCAGGAUGAAGAGCAGAGUGGCCCAUAUUCGGCGGAGCACCGAUGAUGGCAGCAAGAAUAAACACAGGAGUUCGUCCCCAGAGGACAGGGAUGAUUCACGACGGUCUCGCUCGAGAUCCCGAUCCCGAACUCGCCGCAGCCAGGAAAGGGAACGAUCCGAGGAUCGGGAACGGCGAUACCAUAGGGGGCGCUAUGCACUUGGAAGAAAUAGUGACAGAGAGCAGUAUCCCAGCAGAGACCGUGACCGUGACCGGUAUCGAGAGCGCGACCGGGAGCGCCGCUCCAGCAGGGAGCGGGACCGACGGGAACGAUCCAGCCGUGAUCGGGAUGCUGAGCCCCGGAGGAGGGGCAGGUCUCUGUCCCCGGGCCAGGGUGAAGACCGCCCCGCAGAGGAACCCGCGGUGAAGAAGAAAAAGGAAGAGCUGGAUCCUAUUCUGACCCGGACGGGUGGGGCAUACAUUCCCCCCGCCCGUCUCCGCAUGAUGCAGGCCCAGAUCACGGAUAAGGCCAGCCUCGCAUACCAAAGAAUGAGCUGGGAGGCGCUGAAGAAGUCCAUCAAUGGUCUCAUCAACAAAGUCAACGUGUCCAAUAUCGGCAACAUCAUUCACGAGCUGCUGCAGGAGAACAUUGUGAGGGGCAGGGGGCUUCUGGCCCGGUCCGUCUUGCAGGCUCAGGGUGCCUCUCCCAUCUUCACACAUGUGUAUGCUGCUCUGGUGGCCAUUAUCAACUCCAAGUUCCCUCAGAUCGGCGAGCUCAUCCUGAAAAGGCUAAUCCUUAACUUCCGAAAGGGCUAUAGGAGAAACGACAAACAACAAUGUCUGACGGCAUCCAAGUUUGUAGGUCAUCUCAUCAACCAGAAUGUGGCCCACGAGGUUCUCUGUCUGGAGAUGCUGACUCUGCUUCUGGAACGGCCCACGGACGACAGCGUGGAGGUGGCCAUCAGCUUCCUGAAGGAGUGUGGCCUCAAGCUGACUGAGGUCUCCCCCAGGGGCAUCAAUGCAAUUUUCGAACGCCUGCGUAACGUCCUGCACGAGUCGGAGAUCGACAAGCGUGUCCAGUACAUGAUCGAGGUGAUGUUCGCCAUACGCAAGGACGGCUUCAAGGACCACCCCAUCGUCUCGGAUGGGCUCGACCUGGUGGAGGAGGAGGACCAGUUCACACACAUGCUGCCCUUGGAGGAUGAGUACAACCAGGAGGACGUACUGAAUGUUUUCAAGAUGGAUCCCGACUUCCUUGCCAAUGAAGAGAAGUACAAAACGAUUAAAAAGGAGAUUCUCGAUGAGGGGAGCAGCGAGUCUGGGGACGACGCAGAAGGCAGUGAUGAUGAUGAGGAAGAGGAGGAGGGGGAGGAAGAGGAGGAGGAAGGCGAAGAUGACAAAGAGAAAGUCACCAUCUUCGACAAGACUGAAGUCAACCUGGUGGCCUUUCGACGCACCAUCUAUCUUGCCAUCCAGUCAAGCUUGGACUUUGAAGAGUGUGCUCACAAGCUGAUAAAGAUGGACUUCCCUGAAAGUCAAACGAAGGAGUUAUGCAACAUGAUCCUGGACUGCUGCGCCCAGCAGAGGACCUAUGAGAAGUUCUUUGGGCUCCUGGCCGGGCGUUUCUGCCUGCUGAAGAAGGAGUAUAUGGAGAGCUUCGAAGCCAUAUUCCAGGAGCAGUAUGAGACAAUUCAUCGCCUUGAAACCAAUAAGCUUCGAAACGUGGCCCGGAUGUUUGCACACCUUCUAUACACAGACUCCGUCCCCUGGAGUGUGCUCGAGUGCAUAAAAAUCAGUGAAGACACCACAACUUCCUCAAGCCGAAUCUUUGUCAAGAUUUUGUUCCAGGAGCUCUGUGCCUACAUGGGUCUUCCCAGACUCAACGAACGCCUCAAAGACAUGACGUUGCAACCAUUCUUCGAAGGCCUGUUCCCUCGAGACAAUCCCAGGAACACAAGAUUUGCCAUCAAUUUCUUCACCUCCAUCGGCCUGGGUGGUCUUACGGACGAGCUCCGCGAGCACCUGAAGAACGCCCCCAAAAUGAUCAUGACCCAGGCUCAGGAGGUGGAGUCGUCCGACUCGGACUCGUCCUCUUCCUCCUCGAACUCCUCCUCUUCGGGCAGCAGCAGCGACAGCAGCGACGACUCUAGCGACUCCUCGUCAGAGUCCUCGUCGGACAGCAGCAGCAGUUCAGAUUCAGAUGCAAGGCGCAAGAAGAAGGUCCAGAAGAAGAAGGACAAGCACCACAGGCACCCUCCGCUGGAGGAGAGGCCCAUCGAGCGGCACCAGAACCGCCCUCGAGACGGAUGCAGCGAGGAUCAGCACCGUGGCUCUCGCCACCAUGGGCGUGACCGGGACGAGGCCCCACCACUGCACCAGCGGGAGCGGAGUGACCUCUCUCGCCGGCCGGACCUGGGCGACGAGGACAAGCGGCGAGAGAGGGACGCCGUGAGAGACGGCUCCCGGGCUGAGCGGCGUGCAGAGACACGCCGGAGCCGGGAGAAGGAGCCAGAGAGUCGAUCCGGCAGGCAACGGUCAAAGUCUCGAGACAGGAGCCGGAAGGAGACCGACUCCAGGGACUCGUACAGGAACGGACUGGAGAGGUCGGGCAAGGAAAACCGGCAUUCUGACAGACAGCGCGAGUCCAGGAGAAAUGAUGACCACAGCAGGGACUCCUCUCCCAGGAGGCGAAGAUAGAUAGUUUAAAUUAAAUUCCGAGGUGAGGAAAACAAGUAAUCACUGUCUGGCAUUUUGUAAACAGUCUCUAUAUCGCCAACUGCUGGGCUAGUGCAUCCUGGUAUUAUUUGAUACAAAAGGCCUUUUCUUUUUUAAAAAAAAAAAUAAAAAAAAACUUCGCACAUCACCUCAAGCCAAUUUUUGGUUAAGUCUCACGAAAUUUGAAAAGGAAACGUUUAUUUUGUGUGUAAAAGGGUAAUUUGUGUUUUGUACUAGGAGGGUUCUGACUGGCAUACCUAUAACGUGACACACAUCUUGUUAUGAAUUGUGGGAAGGGAAAAAGGUUGUUUUUUUUAAUACCUAUGAUGAUUCCAGUUUUGUGAAAUUACUCCUCAGCUUUCCCAGAAUGUAUGUUGUUCUGUUUGGACACCCUGAAACGCUGCUACGUUACAGUAUGGCUUCCGCUGUUUGUUUGCCAAUUCACAAAUUAUAUUUGUUUAACAACGGUGGGGAACUGACACUCUGAUCAUGCAGUUGGAGACCUUACACGAAAGUCUUGAGGAUAAAGUGAUUUGUGCUCAGAAAAAAAACAAAAAUGGGUCCAGUGUUGAAAAUUAUGUUUUAAAAUUCUUCAUUAGCCCCAGCUAAUGCCCAGUUUCUAUUCAGUGUUUUUCACGGUUACAGAUGGUGAAGCUUUCAGCCAGGUGAUGGGGUAGGACUGCAAUUGGAAUUGAAUUACUUAGCUUGAUGUCUCUGAAAAAGCAGCGUUAUUGAUUUUUAAUGCUUCUCAGCUUUACAUGGUUACUUUUGUACAAGUAUUUCAGGUACUUGAUUUUAUGUAACUAAAUUUAUCACAGAAAAAGGGGUUUAAAUAUAAAAGCUGUUCAACAGGCUGUUCUUCCAGUUGGGUCAUAAUUUGUUGGUGUUAAAUGAACGAGGGGGAUACAGUUGGAGUACUGUACUAGACAGAUUACCCUUCAAUCACCUGAUUCUCACUGGCUUUUUUCUUCUUUUUCAUCUCACAACUGGUUAAAUUGUAAUGUCUUGCUGUAAAAUAUUAUAUUGCUUUUUUUUUUGCUCUAGCAUCUGUCUCAAGACAUCGUGAGAGAUCAUAGUUUUAUAUUAACCUGGGUUCAUUCAGUGAAUUUCUUUGUUACAUGUUCACUAUUAUGUGUGUCAUUCUUUCAAGCUUCAAAUAAAGAUAAUGUGUCUUUCAA